CGUCUAAUGGGAAGCGCUAUCGGGACGCUGAGCUUUCGCUGAUUGGACGCAUCCGUCAAAGAAGAACCAGUGGAAAAGGACGCGAGGUUUUAAUCGUAUCUUCAAAUGGAUUUCACUCGGACCGCCAUUUUCUUAGUCCCGCCCUUUCCAUAAAAUGGAUCUUCAUAAGAUUAUUCAAGAUACGUUGAAUGAGUUCAUCCAGGCGUGUAUACCAAACGCAGAUUUAAGCUUUCUGGAUGACGUGCUUCUUUCCUACAUCACUGGUGUGCUGGAAAACUUGGGCUCUCGGGACAGUAUGGAGGAAAACUUUGAUGUGGAUGAUUUUGUUGAAAUGCUAGAAGCAUACAUUCCUGGCUUUGCUGGAAUUGAAGGGGUAAAAGUAUGUGAGAUGAUAUUUCACUUGGCAUCAAAACUAGCUAGAGCACGAGGAGAAGAUAAUGGCCUACCAAAGAUGGCAAUAAAGGAAUCGUAUUUAAAUGAAAGUACUGUCUCACCUCGUGGGAUUUCCAUGCAAGAAACACAGGGCUUAUUAUCAAUGGAAGAGGGAGCUACAGCUAAGGAGAAUAGUAUUGGAGGAGAUGCCCAGAUGCAGCAGCUCCUUGAGAUGUUCCCUAAAUGCAGCGUGACAGAGGCCAUGGGUGCCUUAUCCAUUGCCAAGGGAGAUAUGGAAGAAGCUGUUCGGCUCAUCAUAGAGGGAGAUGUUCAGCUCCGUCAUGAACAUCCUCUUAAAGUGAAACAUUGUAAAGCUGUUUCACCACAAGCCGAUAAAAAGUUGAAAGCAAGCAUUCUUGAAAAGUAUAUGUUAGUAGAUGAUGAAGAAGAUAAGAAAAUUCACAGGCCUGUAACACCCAAAGAAGCUCCCAAAAAACUGGUGCGUUAUCAUGGUGGUCAAGUGGUGACAACCAAAGGGGAAAAAUAUCACCAAGUCAAGAAUGAACAGACUGAGGAAAUGAAGAAAACUUACAUCAGUCUUAAACCAGCACGCAAGUAUAGAUUCCAUUGAUAAUUAGGAGACUAGAUGGCUUUGUGGGUGUGAUUCACAUUUCAGACAAGGUACCAUAGCAAAUGAAAGGUUUGCUUUACUGUGGAAGUGUUUAUUAUCUUUAAAGGCAAACAGAUAGGUCAUUAUUGGACAUGUGAGUGCUCUGUUCAUGAGAUGACUAACCCAUAAUUGCACAUUCCUGUUAAAUUUUUAAAGUUUUAAAUCUUCAAUUUUAAACUUUAUUGAAGUCUUUGGUGUACCAAAGUAACUGGUUCACUAAUAGCAUUUAUCUGCCAAGGUAAAAAAUAGUAAAUCAUUAAAACCAGUAGGUUACCCUGGUACCAUCAUGUUUUCAAACCAGAGUAAUUCUGUGUAAUCUCAUAAUAGGAAGCGUAAUGGUAAUCUGGGCCAGUUUUAUUCCUCUGAUUUUUUUUCCCUCUUGUUAGGAUGUAUAUUUUAGAUUUACCUGAAUGACCUUUAAGAUGCAUGUUCUUUAUUUUUAUAUACGUGUGGAUUAAGGGUAUGUAUAUAUGCACUGAGACAUUUUAAAAAUAAGGAAAAUGUUAUUUAAGGUAUCUAAGAACCAGAGAAAUGUUAAUGUCGAACUACAUCUUUUUAAUGUAUGUUCUCUUGCAAUAACCAGUCUCACAUGGUUCUAGUAGCAUUUUAUUGGUGGUAGAUGUAAUUUGGUUUUGUAUGCUAUUUUUUGUUGACAAAUUGGAAUAGAUAUGUUUUCCUGUAUAUUUUUUUUAGGUAAAGGUCUUUUGCCUCAUGAAUAUUAUGUAUGUAUAUCAGUCACAGGAAGGUACUGUUUUUCAUUACUGAAUUAAUUUUGUCAUUAUUUGUGUUCGUUUUUGAAUUAAAAUGGCUUGUUUGCAUAUUUGCAAGCUAAACAUGAGAGUAAAAAAAUGUGUGGUUACUUGACUUUCAGAAUUUUGGAAAUGUAACCGAGAUUAUAUUAGCAGAGGGAGUGGACAUUUUUGGGUAACUUUUAUUUUCAAAUUGAAUAGUGAGCUUAGAGGAUACCCACUAUCUUUUUUGUUGUAAGUAUGGAUUGUGAUUCAGAAACAUUAUAGAAGAACGGUUUGAGUGGGUUGUACCGUGUGACCUUACCACUAGAUGUGUGGGUUCAGUUACUGAAUUACAUGGCUUUCACCUGUUCUGGGUGGGCUUCCUCCGAGUGUCCAUCUAUUCAUGUUCCAUACCACUUGCCUAAUAGGCUGGUCUAAACAAUAAUUGGUCGUCAAUUUCAAUGAAUACUUUCCCAUCCACAGCAGAGUUUAUCUUUGUCAUUACUUUUAAUUUAAGAAUUAAUAUCUGGUGAAUGUUUCCGAUGCAAACCGCUUUCCCAUUAAUUUUAUCAUAGGUGUAAUAAGCAAAGAUGGAGUAUGCUUUGUGAAAUUCAUUGUACUUCAAUCUAUUCAUCAAGCAUCAACUUAAGACCACAAGGCCUUGUUUAAAUUAUUGGUGGAACUCUCACUCUCCACAACUGAAAUGACUACUGACACUAAUAAGCCUAUGGGUGGCACUGUUCAUCCAUUCUAAAACCAUACAGCCUAUCUAGUAAAUGGAUGUGGUGAGGCUGUAACAUUUCACAGACAGUGCAGAGGAACAUCCUGGACUUAAUAGACGUUAAACAGGCCAUGUACUCGCAUCCAACGUUCACUUAAUUGCAUGUUUUUGGACAAUGGGAGGAAGCCCAUGCAAACUUGAUCUCCAUUCACACAUAACGAGGGAAGGAACUGAACCCACAACCCUGCAGGGUAAGGCUACAAUGCUAGUAUAAUUUUAAUAUAGUACGUGGGAAACUUUCCAAAUUAAAAUGAACUAACAUGAUUGGCAAUAAUACAAAACUAGCAGCACCUCUAAAAAUGUAAAUGGCUUAGGGCUGUGUGAAAGUAUAAAUUUUGUACAGCUGUUUAAUGUGAUUUUGAAUUGCUGGAGGUAAGACAAGGUAAAUGGUUAGACAGGGAUAUAAACAACAUUCCCUUAUCAGAGACAGAAAACCGGCUAUUGAUGCUGCCUGCCUCAGUGGCAUUCCCAUUUAUACUACAGAGCAUUUUUGCAAUUUGUCCUGUUAUAUGUUGUAAUUGCUG